AUGCAAACCAAGAACAGCCCUUGCCCCGAAGACAAGGAUGUCCAAUACGUCGGGUUCCACCGCGUAGACAUCGGGAAGAGCUUGGUCCACCAGGCCAAGCUCGACGAAGACGGUCUGGUUUAUUGCGGGUAUCUCAACACUAAGGACUACUCUGAUCGCUCUCCGCCGCCACACGUCAAGAAACGGGUCGUCAUUGACCUCGUCUCUUCGGACGACGAAGACAAGUCAGAGCAAGCCCUGACUACUGCGUCCAGUUUGUCUUCGGCCAAGCAGGGCAAGAGAAAGAGCACUAGAAAAUCUAAGAAAAAGCCUGUCAACAAGCCUAAGGGAUCUCACCAGCCUCCGUCCAGUUCUCGCUCUUCAGGGUCUACCAAACGGUCCGCUCCAGCUGACCUAACGACCCCCAAGAUCAAGAAAAGACAGUGCAAGGAUGAAGAGCGAUCGCGCAACCAGAGCGCUGAACGCUCAUCAUCGCCCUCCACCACAGCGUAA